AUGGAUAAUGAAAGAAAAUUUAAAAAUGGAAAUAUCAUUUCACUUUAUCUUACAAACUUUCAAACUUUUAAAUCAUCAAGAAUAAGAUUUUCUCCAUCACUAAAUUUUAUUAUAGGACCAAAUGGAUCUGGAAAGUCUACUAUCAGUAAUGCUUUAUCAUUAAUAUUUGGAGGAACUCCAAAAACAAUCGGUAAAACAAAAAAUUUGAAAGAAUACAUAAGAUUUGGAGCACAUGAUUGUAAAAUCGAAGCAGAAGUAUUUUAUGAAGGUGAAAUUUAUAAAAUUGGUAGAGGUAUUAGUAUAGCAAAUAAUUUUUGGUAUGUAAAUGGAGAAAUAGUUAAAAAAGGAAUAUAUGAACAGUUUAUUUCUAAAUUUAAUGUAGAUGUUAAUAAUUUAUGUCAAUAUCUACCACAAGAAAAAGUGGCAGAAUUUUGUAGAAUGAGUAAUGAAGAACUUUUAUACUCAACGUUAACUAGUUUAAAACGUCAAGAUUUACUAGAAAAUAUUACAUUUAUUAAUGACGUAGAGACAAAGUUAAAUGAUACUAAUACUAAAGAAUUAGCACUUAUAAAACAAAAGGAAGAAAUGCAAUUAAUUGUAGAAAAAAUUACUAAUGAUGUUGAAAAGUUAAAUGAAAGGGAUAUUAAGAAAAAGAAAAUUGACAUAAUGGAAAGUAAAAAAAUGUAUUUGGAAUAUGAAACUAUGGUUAGUGAUUAUAAAAGAUUGGAUCAAGGAAUAAAGACAUUAGAAAAUAAUUUAAAAGCAAACAAUAAAGAAAUAGAAGAUAUUAAUAAAUCAAUCGAAAAUAUUGAAAAAAAUCCUAAAAAUGUUUUAUUAAAUAAUAAAAUAGAUGAGUUAGAUACAUUUGAUGAUAAAUUGAAAAAUAUUAAAAAAAAUAUACUAAAUGAAAUGGAAAAUUUAUCACUUUUGGAUAUUGAUUUAGAACAUCUUAAUAAAAAGCGUGAGCAAAGAAAUUUAGAUGCGCAAAUUUUACAACAAAAAAUUGAAAGUAGUAAAGAAGAAAUAGAAAAAAUAAAACAAUGCAUUUUAGAUAAAAUGGAAUAUUUUGAACUUGAUGAAGAAGAUUUUUCUAUUAAACGAGCUAAAUGUGAUGAUCUCUCAUUUAUUUUUCAAGCAAGAAAUUUAGAUAAUUUAUUUGUAAAAUUUGAUAAAACAAAGAUAAAUAAAUUGGAAGAUGAAAAGUUUAAAUUUAAAAAUAAAGCAUUUAGCAUAAAUCAGAAAUGUUUUGAUAUUAAAAGAGAGGUUGAUGCACUUGAAGAAAGAAAGAAGAAAUUUAGUGAAGCAGAAGAAAGGAGAUUAGAGCAACUAAAAAAAUAUUCUUUUGAAACGUAUAAAGGUGUUGUGUGGUUAAGAGAGCAUAAAGGACAAUUUAAAGAUGAAAUUAUUGAACCCCCCUUUCUUAAUAUUACUAUUUCUGAUCAACGCUUUGUGAAUGAAAUUGAAGUAUUUUUAAGUUAUCAUGCUUUAACAUCUUUUAUUUGUAAAAAUCAGGAAGAUUUUGAAAAAUUAAGUAGAAUAUUGAAAGAUGAACUGAAUCUUGGUAUUAAUAUUGUAGAAGCUAUAAAAAAUCCACCCAGUAAUUAUUAUUCAACCGAGGAAGUAAAAAAAAUAGGAUUUGAUGGAUUAGCAAUUGAUUUUAUUGAUGCUUGUAGGGAAGUUAAAGAUUUUUUAAAAGCGAGUUGUUAUUUAAAUAAUAUUCCAAUUACAAAAAAGAAUAUUAAUGAUAAAUAUAUUUUUGAAACUACAUCUUUUAAAAGAAUUGCUAUGGAUGGGAAAUAUAUCGAAAUACGACGAAGUAAAUAUAAUUCUAAAGAUUUUGUAAUAUCAAGUUUUGUUAUUAAAACAAAGAAUCUUUUUUCGUCUAAAAUUGAUACUAGUGAUAUUGAAAAGAGAUUAAUGGAGUGUAAUGAAUUUAGAAGAAAUUAUAAUGAAGAAUUAAAAGUAUUACAUCAAGAAAUAGAUAAAAUUGAUUAUAAGUUAAAAAAAUGUUAUGAUGAAAGUAAAGAACAUACUAAUCAAAUUAUUAAAAUAAAAACCAAUAUUAAUAAUUAUAAAUCAUUAAUAGAACAAACGAAAACACUAAGUAUUGAAUUAAAAAAAGCUGAAGACAAGCAAGAUUUAAUUAAUAUUGAUAAAGACAUUAAUAGAAAGAAGAAAUUGAUAAAAAAUAAUUUAACAAAUUUUAAUAAGGAAAUUAUUUUAAUUUUAAAAGAUUCUAAUUAUCUUGUAAAUUUUAAAGAAGGUAUGUUAAUUUAUAAAGAAAUUAAAACAGAAUUUAGCAAACUACAAUCACUCUUAAAUAGUAAAAAUGCUAUAGAGCGUCAAAAUACAAUUAUUCAAUCUAAUAUAACUGAACAUACAACAUUGAAAGAGAGACUUAAACCUGAAAUUGUUAUAAGAAAAGAAGCAUUAAAGACAAAAACUUAUACAAGGGUGGAAAUGGAAACAGUUCCGAAUACUACAGAAGAAUUAAUAAAAGAAAUACGUACAGAGACUGCACAAUUAAAAUUUUAUGAUGUAGAUGAUAAUUUAAAACACGAAUAUCUUGAAAGUAAAAAUAAUCUUGACAAGUUAAUAGAAACAAUUAAUAAACUUGAAAAUGAUAAAAAAUCGUAUAAUGAAAAUAUAUUGAAUAAAAAACAAAAUACAUGCCAACAGAUUUCUGAAACUAUUGAAAGGAUUAAUACUGAAUUUAUUGAACUUUUUUCUAAAUUAGGUUGCCAAGGAAGAAUUGAAUUUGAACAUGUUGAUAAAUUGUGUAAACAAUGGAAACUUAAUAUUUUAGUGAAAUUUCGAGAAACGGAAAAAUUAGAAAAGUUAAAUUCUUUUCGACAAAGCGGAGGAGAAAAAUCUGUUUCUACAAUAUUGUAUCUUUUAGCUUUACAAAAGAUUGACACUGCACCAUUUAGGUUAGUUGAUGAAAUCAACCAAGGUAUGGACAAAUACAAUGAAAAGUUAGUAUUAGAAAUGCUAUUUGAUAUUUGUGAAAAAGAUGAAAGUACACAAUUUUUUAUUAUUUCGCCUAAACUUGUUGAAGGUUUAAAAUAUAACAAAAACAUGAAUAUAAUAGUACUAUUUUCUGACCAAAGUGAUAAAAUAAAAGAAGCAUUUAAGUAA